AUGACUACAACCACUCAGAAGAAGACGAGUUUCAGCGAGCUUUCUUCCCUGUUGCAAGGUAGCAAUCAUACCCAGUUAAGGCACUCCAGGCAACCUUCCUUAAAAACUGCCAAGAGUUUAUAUACCGUUCCUGAGGUCAAAGCUGAGACGAGCGGCUCUGAAAGCAAUGAGUCGAAACAAAGGACAAACCGUUUCCAGCUCACAAACUCUUCACAUCAACUAUUGAGCAAUAUCAGAAGCAAAAAGCAUUCUCAAACGCAAUGCGUUAUAAUAUCUGAGCAGAAGCAGGAGCGGAAAGGUUCAGCGCAGUUUCCAGUAAAUGGAGGAGUGCCCUUACGAAAAACAUUCUCUAACCCUAUCAAUAGAUUUGAAUACCAAAAAACGUACACCGUACGACCUAAAAGCUCUAGUACACUUGCAAUUCCGACUGUGAAUACACUUUCCUCCAAGAGCAGUGAGGAAGUGGAGGAAAGGGAGGAAGCAGAAGAAGAAGAAGACGAAGAUGCAGAGAAAGAAGAGGGAGAUAAUAAAGGAGGAUAUCUGCCAGAAUCAUCAUCUAAACCUCGGAAGUUGUCACCAUCACCAAUACCUGGGCUACAGGAUGAGUUGCAAACAGGUAAGAAGUCAAAUAAAACUUUCAGCGAAAAUUAUGUGUUGCAAGUCAAAUUUGAAGACAGCGAGGACAAACUGGUUGUAGAUACACAUUACAAUAGCGCGACAAGUUCAAAUCAAUCUCCAUUAACUAAAAAGGUAGUUUUAGAACAGAAUAUGCCGAUUAGUCGACGUGAUUCUUUAACUUUAGAACAAUUUAAUUCCGAUCUGAAAAGUAACCAACCACUCAUCAGCCAAAUAUCCAGAACGCAGCUGAAAAUGGAUCAAUUGAGAAGUAAGUCUAGUGAUAUUCGCAACUCAAUACAUACUGCAGAUGAUAUAAUAUCACUUUUAAACCAAACUGCGAACUCCAGUCUUUCUUCCAACUCUUUAUCCCCACAAAAAGAUGUGUGGAAGGUGACCGCGCAAGGUAAAUUUUGGUUGAAUUCCGACCUUUCGACGAACUUAAUGUACCAGCAAUUGAAUCUCCAGUAUCAGAGUAUCCAAAGACUAAAUGUAAAUAAGAGAAGAGUUCUAGUAUCAAAAUUAACCGAAUUAUUACGGAAGCUAGAAAAGAAGGGCAGUCAUCUGAACCAAAAAAGCAGCUCACUCUCAACCAAGCAAAGAAAAGAAAUGUCCCCGGAUUCGACAACAUCUUUAAUUACAUUGGAGAAUUUUGUAUCGUUAAAUGCAUUGACUCAUUUAGAUGAGUUUCCAGAUAUCAAGGACGAGAGACUAAAAGCUAUUUUAAUUGAAGGUAGAAAAAGUUCGGGAGAAGCCUGGGAGCAAUGUGAACAAAGAGAAUUUGUAUCAUACGAACCCAACUACUCCAACUAUUCCAAAAACUCAAAUCCUGCAUCUCUAAUAUCUAAUAGGUAUUCUGCAAGAUCUUGA